CGCUAGGACUAUUCUCCAAUCGUCAUUCUCAUUUCUAACCAAUUAUUACAGGGUCUCGUCUUUCGUUUUCUUCUAGAAAAGUCAGGCGUGUACUUGAGUAUCGUUUUCUGUCACAGUAUUUUACUAUUUCAGAAAUUGAAGAAAAAUGUUUGGUCCAAGGGCUGCUCCGAUUGUAGUUUUAAGUCAAAAUACAAAACGUGAUACCGGUCGAAAAGUUCAAAGAGAAAAUAUCCAAGCCGGGAAGGCUAUUGCAGAUGUCAUUAGAACAUGUCUGGGACCACGAGCAAUGUUAAAAAUGUUAAUGGAUCCAAUGGGUGGUAUAGUUAUGACCAAUGAUGGAAAUGCUAUAUUACGUGAAAUAACAGUACAACAUCCUGCUGGAAAAUCUAUGAUAGAAAUAGCUAGAACUCAAGAUGAAGAAGUUGGAGAUGGUACUACAUCAGUUAUUGUAUUAGCAGGAGAAAUAUUAGCUACUGCUGAACUUUUUCUUGAACAAAAUAUGCAUCCUACAGUUAUAAUAAGAGCAUAUCGUCAAGCUUUGGAGGAUAUGGUUACUAUUCUUAAUGAACAAGUUAGUGUGGAUUUGGAUUGCAAUGAUAGAAACAAAUUGAUUGAAGUCAUUAAUUCAUGUGUGAAAACUAAAUUUAUUGGACAUUGGUGUGAAUUAGCAUGUCGAAUUGCUUUAGAUGCAGUUUAUACUGUUAUGCUUAAAGAGAAUGGUAGAAGAGAAAUAGAUAUAAAACGUUAUGCAAAGGUAGAAAAAAUUCCUGGUGGUACUAUUGAAGAUAGCACUGUUCUUAAGGGCAUAAUGUUUAAUAAAGAUGUUACUCAUCCAAAAAUGAGAAGACAUAUUAAAAAUCCAAGAAUAGUUUUAUUAGAUUGUUCCUUGGAAUAUAAAAAGGGAGAAUCUCAAACUAACAUAGAAAUUAUGAAAGAUACAGAUUUUACCAGAAUUCUAGAAUUGGAAGAGGAAUUUGUUAAGAAAAUGUGUGAAGAUAUUAUUUCUGUAAAACCUGAUGUAGUAAUUACUGAAAAAGGAGUAUCAGACUUAGCACAACAUUAUUUUGUCAAAGCUGGAAUCUCUGCUAUUCGUAGAACAAGGAAAAGUGAUAUUAAUAGAAUUGCAAGAGCUUGUGGGGCCAUUGUUGUUAAUCGUACAGAAGAAUUACGAGAGGAAGAUGUUGGUACUAAAGCUGGUCUUUUUGAAAUUAAAAAACUUGGUGAUGAAUACUUCUGCUUUAUUACUGAAUGUAAAGAUCCCAAAGCAUGCACUAUACUUUUAAGAGGUGCCAGCAAAGAUGUAUUAAAUGAAACUGAAAGAAACAUACAGGAUGCUCUACAUGUUGCAAGGAAUCUUCUUAUUGAACCUAAAUUAGUACCAGGUGGAGGAGCUGUAGAAAUGGCAGUAUCAAAAUUUCUAACAGAGAAAGCAACCAAGCUUGAAGGUGUAGAACAGUGGCCUUAUAAAGCUGUAGCACAAGCAUUAGAAAUAAUUCCAAGAACUCUUGCACAGAAUUGUGGAGCAAAUACUAUCAGAACCUUAACUGCAUUGCGUGCAAAACAUGCUACUGAAGGAUUGAUGUGGGGUAUUGAUGGAGAAACUGGUGAAUUAGUAGAUAUGAAAGAGCGCGGUAUUUGGGAACCAUUAUCUGUGAAAUUGCAGACAUAUAAAACAGCUGUUGAAACUGCUAUUUUGUUGCUAAGAAUUGAUGACAUUGUAUCAGGAAGCAAGAAGAAGAAAUCAGACAAUGAGCCUAGUCAACCUGCACCAGUUUCAGAAGAAUCUAUGAAAGAUUAAGAAUAUUGAAUUUAUAUUGCACUAAAGCUUUUAUUUGUGUUAACAUUUAAUAAUACAUGUCUAUGAUAAUUUUAUUAAAAUUUAAUUCAUGUUUAUGCAAAGUAUUAUUUGCUUGUCUGUAUGCAUUUUCAUAAUAAUAAAAAUACUUUGAUA